GAAAACUUGAAAUCAACUUAUACUCAAAGAAAACUUGACGAAUUAAUUAAUUCAAACCCUCCUGCAACCAAAGAAGGUUUGAAUAACUUUUCUAAUCAAUUUCAAGAAAUAAUUUCAGAUGCGGCUAAGAAGUCACUUAGAAUUAAAAAGACUAAAUAUAGAAAUAAAAUCACAAAUGUAUGUAACAAAAAAUGGUUUGACAAAGAAUGUCGUCUAAAAAGGCACUUUGUCAGAAAACUAGCAAAUCAAAAACACAGAGAUCCCUUGAACUCCGAAAUUCGAAAGAAAUACCAUGAGGCUCUAAAGAUAUAUAAAGAUACCUUGAAACAUAAAAAAGAAAUUUUUCAUGAGAAAAAACUCGAGGAUUUGGAAAUAGCUGCCGAGACUGACCCAAAUUCAUUCUGGAAAAACCUGAAAAACAUGAGUGACAGCUGUGAUGAUCUCUCUUCUAGCUCAACACAAAUAACCAACCAAAAAUGGAUAUCGCACUUUGAAAAUCUACAUACAAAACACAACUUAGGCCCCAAGCAAGAAGGUAUCCUUAAAAAUUUAGAACUUCUUGAAAACAACAUUGAUGACGAUAACACUCUUGAUGACCCAAUUACAGAAGACGACAUUAUAAGUGCAGCUACAAAACUAAAGCAUAAGAAAUCUGCCUACUCUGAUAGGAUAAGGAACGAAAUGAUAAAAUCUAGUGUGAACAUUCUGCUUAAAGGCUAUCAUUAA